CCGAGCUCGCGUGUGUAUGACUAGUGUGAGCAGCAUGUCAGCGCACUACAACGAGCGUCGUUUUACCCUUGGUAAUUCAGCUAACCUAUAGUAACAAGUACAAAGUUCGACUGCUGCGAUAACAGACUAUGUUAAUAAGACGAAAACCGUUCAGCAACUCAAGUCGUGUAUACCAUAUUCAGACGCUCUGGUCACUGGAUUUAAAAGACAACGACCUGUCGUCGCCAUGGAGAUACGUGUAGCUGAUGAUGGUGGAGAUGAGUUGACGAUGAUAAGCUACAAUGGCCGCAAAUAUCCAAGGUUUCCCGUAACUGUGGAUAUGCAUCCAUUGGAGCAACUACCAUCUGUUGAAAUCCGCUCUGACGAUAUCCUGGUGUGUGCUUUCCCUAAGUCAGGUACCCACUGGGUCUGGGAGAUGGUCCGCCUGCUGGUGGCGGGAAAACUCGACCGUGAUGAAGUCAGCAAAGGGACUGGCAUGAUGGAAUUUGUCAGUGAAGAAAAAUACAAAGAUCUUCCUUCUCCCAGGAUCCUCAACUCUCACUUGUUGUUCAACGAACUUCCGGAGCAGGUUAAAGUAAAGACACCUAAGAUCGUGUACGUGACUAGGAACCCAAAGGACGUGACUGUUUCUUUUUACAACUUUGUGAAGAAACUGCCGAUGUGCUACAACUACACUGGAGAAUGGAAGAAUUUCGUCCGCCCCUCACUGGAGGGGAAGUUUGACUACGGUUGCUGGUUCGACUAUGUGAAGGACUGGGAGGAGGUGAAGAAAACCACUGACGUCCCCAUACUGACACUCAGCUAUGAAGACAUCAAAGAGGAUGCAUUCCGCGAGAUGAAGAAAAUGCAAGAUUUCCUUGGCACAACGAGAAGUGAUGAGUUCAUGAAGGAAGUAUGCGAUCACUGCAGCUUCGCCUCCAUGAAGCAAAUCAAGGUUAUGGCCGACAUCGUGUACAGAAAGGGUGGUACCGGUGACUGGAAGAAUUGGUUCACUGUCGCCCAGAAUGAGUGGUUUGACAAAACCUACCAGGAGAAGAUGAAAGAUUGCCCUUUAGAGUUUAGGUAUACAUUGUAAUAACGGCAUUGGGUUAACUAGAGUAUUGAGUGAAAAUGGUUAGAGUAGGCGGAUUGAUAUGGGAAAGGUUGUGUUUGGAGUGUUCAAGGGAGGAUAGAAUGGAUACUGUGAGUGCAAUGAGUUGGUGGACCCGGUGACUAGAGAGGAUAGUGUAGGCAGAGAGAUUGCGAGUGAGCAGAACAGAUGGUUGCACAACGGAGUAGAGAUGCAGAUACUUUACGCCGCAUCAAAUGCUAUACAAGGGUAAAGAGUUUGUGAAAACAAUACAUGUAUACAAUCCAACUCCUUGAUACAAUGUAACGGUUCUUCUAUGCAUGUUUUCUUCCAAAAAUGUUGAGGUCAUUAAAUAUUGUCUGUAUGAAUUUUAAAAAGGAGCAAUUCAUUUUAAGUUUUGUCCAUAAAUUAUGAUUAAUUGGCGCGCCUUGUAUUUCAAAGACAUUGUCUGCAUGUAUUUAAUAUUAUUUCGUCAUUUGUGAUUAUUCUUUCUAUCAUCAAGUGUUGAAUAAAUUGAUGUCACCGUUUUAAUUCAUCAAUGUGUGACCCUCUCUCUCCAAUUUGUUUUCAACCCAUUUGUGCAUUGGACCGAUGGCCUCUCCUUAUUGCUUGAAUAAACCUUUUCUGAACACAA